CAAUCCGCUUGCGCAUGCGGCUCAUGUGCGGCUCGGCCCUCCGCGCGUGUCGCGUGUGUGCAUCUUUCGUCUGUUGAACUCGGUGUGUUCGAUUGGUUUGUUUUUAACAGAAGCUGGUGGUGGUAAAUGGCCUUUGUUUUAUCAAGUUCUAACCAGUUUCCGAUGAAAAUGUGGAUGAAUUAUUAAAAGGACCCGUUUGCAUUGUGGUUACGCAGCUCCUCGCCUGUGGGAUUCGAAAGUGAAAUCAAGUGUUCUUGGCGUUGUCGCUGUUGCUUGAAAUGCUUCGAGUCUCGGCACUUCGAUGGUGUGCAACUUUUGCUACUCGGCCCAGCGGCCGUAACGGGGAGCGAGUAUUAUGCAGCAACGGCGGAGGUGGCUGUGUAGUACCGUCCGAGCCGCUGCCGAAAGCGGUGCAAGCCAGUGAAGCCGUCACCUUGGACCAGAGUACGGUGGAACUACUCGAGCGGCUCUCCUUAGUUGACUUUAGUAACGCCGAGGCUGUGACACGUCUUGAAGAAGCCGUCAAAUUCGCCAGUCUCAUAAUGAACGUUGACACGACGGGUGUGGCUCCGAUGGUGACUCCUUUAGAGAACGUGCCUCUGCGGUUACGGCCUGACGUCCCAGUUGAGUGUUGUGCCGAGGAAAUUCUCAAGAACGCUAAAUUGACUGAGGAAGGAUACUUUGUCGCACCGCCUGGAAACAUACCUUUGGAUGUGAAGUCCGACUACGGACUGACGGGAGGUGGCAUGGCCAACGCUGAAAAGUGAUAAUCUUUGUUUCCGUUGGUGGGCACGAAUUAGUAGUUUGUCCUUCCUGCUUGCUUUCGUUUUUAUUAUUAUAACAAUAAACUGACCCUUGUUUUAUCACCA